AUGCCAGGCUCUAUUAAGGAUUACGUUGAUAAUGUCCUAUUCAUUCCAAACUCUAAUGACUCGAGAGGGUUUAAUAACGAAAUCCCUUGGAAUAGGGAUAUCGUAGACACUAAUAACAUUCACCAUAGAUCUAAAGAACAAACAAAUGGAGAUGCAAAUAGUGUGGAUCUAGAAGAGAAAGACGCUAUGAAUAAUGUGAUAGAUAAAGAAAUUUUCUCAACGACUACGGCUACUGAGGAUGAUGGAAUCCCAUCAUUGACUCAUCCUAUGGAAAAAAAAAUUUUGAAAAAAAUGGAUAUGUUUUUAAUUCCAUUAAUGGGAUUAUUAUAUUUCUUAUCAAAUUUAGAUAAGUCAAAUAUUGGUAACGCAGAAGUUGCAGGUCUUUCUUCAGAUAUUGGUUUGAAAGGUAAAGAAUAUAAUGUCUGUGUCACGGUAUUUUUUGGCACUUAUGUCAUAUUCGAUCCUAUUGGAGCUAACUUGUUGAAGAUUGUUGGACCUCAUUUGAUGAUGAGUGUAUGUCUAUUAUGUUUCGGUGCGAUUUCUUUAGGUUCCGCUUGGGUAAGAAAUUAUGGUGAUUUAUUAGCCGUAAGAUUAUUAUUAGGUGCAUUUGAAGGUAUGAUAUAUCCUGCAAUCAAUAUGUAUUUAUCUGUCUGUUAUAGAAGAGAACAAUACGCUAAAAGAUUUGCCUUUGUCUUUAGUGCAGCUUGUCUGUCAUCAUCAUUUGGUGGUUUGAUCGCAUAUGGUUGCUCUACAAUUAAUGGCUCUUUAAAGAGUUGGCAAUAUAUUUUCAUCAUCGAAGGUGUUAUAUCAAUUGGUUUUGUACCUUGUUAUUAUUUUGGUCUAAGUAAAAAUUUGGAAGAUUCAUGGUUUUUCAAUAAAGAAGAACGUGAAUAUAUUAUUGAAAGAUAUAAGACCAUGAACACGUUUAACCCAGAUGACAAAUUUGAUUGGUUUCAAGUGAAACUAGCUCUAAAGGAUAUUAAGACUUGGGUUUCUGCCAUAGCUUUGUUUGGUAUUGAUCUAACAACAUUUGGUUUGACAGUGUUCUUACCAAUUAUUAUUACAAGCUUAGGUUUCUCUAACGUUAGAGCUCAGUUAAUGACAGUACCUGUAUAUUUUUUGACGGCUAUCGUCUUCUUCAUCUGUGCAUUAUUGUCUGAUUAUUUAAGGUUAAGAUCACCUUUCAUUAUUGGUGCAUGUACUACCACCGCCAUCGGUUUAGCUAUUGUACUCGGUUCACAAGUUCAUGGUGUUAGAUAUUUCGGUGUCUACAUUCUUUGUAUGGGUAUCUAUGUCAAUGCCGCUUGUAAUUGUUUAUGGUUAAGUGGUAAUAAUGGAAAUUAUUUUAAGAGAGCCACCGCAUUAGGUAUUACCUUGUUUUUUGGUUCUGGAUCCGGUCUAGUCUCAGGUCAAAUAUUUUUAGCAGAAGAUAAACCAAGAUACACUAAAGGUUUAUCAAUCUGUUUAGCAUUCCAAGUUGUAUCAAUUGUAAUGACUGUGAUACAAUACAUAUUAUACAAAAGAGAAAAUAUGAAAAAAGAUAAAAUUAUUGAAAAAUGUAGAGAACUAGGUGAACCAAUACCAUAUGAUGAAAAGUUAAGCGAUAUGAAUCCUGAAUUCCGUUAUUUAUACUAA